AAAAUCACCGAAUUAAUAAAUUUUUAUACUAUUUUUUGUUUUUACUUUAAAAAUGAAAAUGUUUCAUGUCUCACUGUAUUGAUGCGAUUGUUGUUCUCGGCUCUCGGCUCUUGGUUUCAAAGUCUGGCUUUGGAACUUUUAGCUGUAAAAAUGUGAAAGAGUGCUUACUAAUUUAUUGAUUUUUUUUUUUUAGGGUUUACGUAAAAUAGUUUUAGGAGGAGGAGUAAAGCGCGAGGGAAGAAGUCAGAGGACUCCUUUCGCAGUCUUGAACCUUCCGCAUCAUCCACCCCUUUUCCUCUUUUCUCGUUUUCUUUUGCCACCCCGAUUGAUUUCCUGCGGUUUUUUAAGGUACAAUGGAAGUUGAUGAUGACAACAGUCCAUCGAGGUCAUCUGCAGAACCUUCAGUUGCAGUUCCCGACAGCCAAACCACAGUGCCUACGGCUAAUAACACUCUGCUUCAGUCUGUUCAGCCUAUUGUUCCUCCAGUGGUCCCGCCUGCAGUUGUACCACCUAUUGCACCAAUACCUGCCAUUCCUCUCCCGAUUCGCGCUCCCAUCCUUAAACCACUUGCACCUCAAAAUGGUGAGGUGAAAACUAGUGAUUCAGACUCUGACCAUGAGGAUGAAGGGCGAACUGCUGCUGUUGAUUAUGAGAUCUCAGAAGAGAGUAGACUGGUUAGAGAGCGGCAAGAAAAGGCCAUGCAAGAACUUCUGAUGAAACGACGUGCUGCGGCACUAGCAGUGCCUACAAAUGACAUGGCUGUCCGGACUCGACUUCGCCGGCUUGGUGAACCCAUAACAAUUUUUGGAGAAAGAGAGAUGGAAAGGCGGGAUAGGUUGCGAAUGAUUAUGGCAAAGCUGGAUUCUGAGGGGCAGUUGGAGAAGUUGAUGAAGGCGCACGAGGAGGAAGAGGCUGCAGUUUCUGCUAAAAUGGAGGAGGUUGAGGAAGACAUUCAAUAUCCCUUUUAUACUGAGGGUCCAAAAGAGCUCUUGGAUGCUAGAAUUGAUAUUGCAAAGUACUCUGUUGUCAAGGCAGCUACACGUGUUCAACGUGCACGGAGAAAAAGGGAUGAUCCAGAUGAAGAUAUGGAUGCUGAAAUUGAUUGGGCUCUAAAGCAGGCAGGGAACUUGGUUCUCGAUUGCAGUGAAAUUGGGGAUGAUAGACCACUUUCCGGUUGUUCUUUCUCACGUGAUGGAAAACUUCUUGUCACCUGCUCAUUGAGUGGAGUUGCUAAGUUGUGGUCAAUGCCUAGGGUAAGUAAGGUUUCUGCCUUAAAGGGCCACACAGAACGUGCAACUGAUGUUACAUUUUCUCCUGUGCAUGAUCAUUUAGCGACUGCUUCUGCUGACCGAACAGCAAAGUUGUGGAACACUGAUGGAUCUCUCCUGACAACAUUUGAGGGCCAUUUGGAUCGCCUUGCACGCAUAGCCUUCCAUCCUUCAGGGAAGUACCUUGGCACAACAAGCUUUGAUAAAACAUGGAGACUGUGGGACAUAGACAGUGGUGUAGAGUUGCUACUCCAAGAAGGUCAUAGUAGGAGUGUCUAUGGAAUUGCGUUCCACCAAGAUGGAUCUUUAGCAGCAUCCUGUGGACUUGAUGCACUUGCUCGUGUUUGGGAUCUUCGCACUGGUAGAAGUGUUCUUGCCUUGGAAGGCCAUGUCAAGCCGGUUCUUGGUGUGAGUUUUUCACCCAAUGGCUACCAUUUAGCUACAGGAGGUGAAGAUAAUACUUGUCGAAUAUGGGAUUUGAGGAAGAAAAAAUCCCUCUACAUCAUACCAGCCCACUCAAAUCUUAUAUCACAAGUGAAGUUUGAGCCUCAAGAGGGAUAUUACUUGGUCACUGCUUCUUAUGACAUGACUGCGAAGGUUUGGUCUGGCAGAGAUUUUAAGCCUGUCAAAAGCUUACCAGGUCAUGAAGCUAAAGUCACUGCUUCAGAUAUUAGUGAAGAUGGCCGGUAUAUUGUGACCGUCUCUCAUGAUCGAACAAUAAAGUUGUGGACAGCUGGUAAUAUCGGAAAGGAAUAUGAUAUGGAUUUGGACUGACGACGAGCUUUGUGGAUCUUGUAGAUGUUAGUGACACUAUUGCUGCUUUCUGGAGUAGCACAUUUUGGAGUCAGAUUAAAAACACCUUUUGUAAUGAUGAAGUGGAAUACAAAACAUAAACAUAGAUUCCUCCAAACAAUUUCGCAUGAAACUUACGCUUUUUGGUAACAGCAAAUGCGCGUAUCAUAGAGAUGAAUUGGUGCCCUGCCUUAUAUUAUUUUGCAAAAAACUUUGAUUUCCUAAUUUAUUCCAAUUCCACUAAUCCUUUUCAUGCAACAAGGGUUCUGAGAUGGACGCUUAACUGAGGAUGUAUCCUGCUAUGCUAACACGACAAUUGACCAUUUAGCUUCAACUGACGUCACUAACAAAUACCUCUUGAAAGAAACCAUUUCCAUUUCAAGUCACUGGCUGAAACAAAACACACAAUGUAAGUAGCAACUCGUGCAUCGGUUAAAUAUAGUAACACUCAACUGCGAGCUCAAAAAUUCACAUCAUCACUUCCAUCCGCAAAUUUUCAGAACUUGCAUGGCAAAACCCAAAGAUGGUAAGACAGGUCAGCGAAAGCAACACCAUCUAAUACACAGCUUGAGGCUUCAACUCAAGACUGCAAUUGCAGUCUUCUCUUUACUCAUUUCCCUUCAACAUUUUUAACCUCUAUUGAGUGCAUUCCUAAAUUUUUCAAUGCUUUCAAAGCAGCUCAGCAAGCUCAGAGCAUGAGUAAUAUGCAGGAGAGCCCCCAUUAACAAAAUAGGGUCUAAGAAUGAAUGAACAGUGAUCUGUUCCAGAUCACAAUGUCAUCAAUUUAAUAGUCCCAAAAGAUCUUUCUUCUAUAGCAGAUAAAAGAAAAACACAGAUGAUAGAAUGUAACCCUAACAUGUGACCAGCCCUGGCAUAUCAUAUGCAUACCAACCAUGCUAGUACCAAAACUGACACGACCCUGCGGGAAGGGCAGCAACAGCCACAUAGCAGACCAGCAAGAAAGCUAGGCAACUGCUGGAACCAUUAUCAACGUGACCCAACAAGAAAGGCAGCAACAGCCUGCUACAGGUUAUUCGUUGGUACUCAAUGGUUACCCACGAGCCACAUGUAUCUUACAACUGGCAUCAACCAACACUUCACAGCUACAGUCACGGACAAUUUUGCUACAACUCAAAACAUUAAGCAACAGGGUGUGGUUAAACGUGAUUAAUGAAAUACCCCAAUCAAAUGAUUAAACAGAAACAAGUUAUUCUGUUCAAUUAACAGACACAAGGUUCAGACCAGACAUUACAUUUUUAAAUUUAGUAUCCGCAUCAGGUCUAUGCAUCACAGGUCCAUCAUAUGCAGUAUUCCACAGGUCAAAAAGUUUCAUCUUGGGUCCUUUUAUACCAUCACAGCAACUAAACCUCAGUGCCAAUAUUUAGAAAUCAGCAGACCAGAGGAUAAUCAGAUGGAAUCAUCAGAAACCUGAAUGGUGCAAGGCUUUCCAGAAACCAAGACUUGACUACAGAUCUUACCAAUCAUCAUAUCUCUCAGUUAAAAAUAGUUAACAAACUGUCCCUGCAAUCAGCAUACUGCUAUAACCAGCAUCACAAUCACGAUCAUUCAUCUACAGAUACAAACAGCAUCAACAGCCACAACAUCAACAUCAUGUAACAUCAUGUCCAUUUGCCAAAGUCACUCUCUCCCCGAACAUUGCUAUAAAACCCAACAGAUGGUUUCAGAUGAAUCAGCAUUCUUAGAAAAUAAACAUAACAAAAAAAAAAAA